AUGCCCCGGUCGUGCCGAACAUGCUCCUGCACGAUACCAACAGUAGUUGAUUCCCCGACCUUCCACCCCGGCGCUUCCUUGGUAUGCCUUGCCGUAUUACUGCUGUGGAUCGGGGGUGCGUACGCCUUCUCAGCAGCGGCGGCGGCCGGGCCUGCUGCUGCCACCACCGAGUUUUUCCAACAUACACUCGUCGAGAGCACCGACCAGCUGGAUAAACUACAACAACCACGCCACCACGGCAAUGAAUGCUCCGGACCCGUGCCUCCCCCCCACCUGUUCCGCAUCCCCGCGCCGGGAGGAGACGUCUGCCUGGUCGUGGACGAAAAAAAAAACUACUAUGCGAUGAGAGACUGCUUUCCCCCUUUCGGCGUACCUGUGUCGCAGACAGGCGUGGUGGAUUCCCAGGUGGACGCCAUCGGCGACAGCUUGUUCGGGACGCGGUUCAACCUCAAAGACGGUACCGUCCGAGGGCCGUGGUGCCCCGGAGGUGGUACGGCGGGGCCCCUCCUCCUCCGGCUCGCGCGCCACCGGCGACAUCGUCUCUUCAAUCAAUGCAUCGGCGUAGCCCGGAGCAUAAACCGCCUGACACACCAUCUGUUUUCCAUCUCGAAACAAAGAAGAGCAAGGGGUAGUUGGGCGACGUACUUUCGACCGCCAUCAUCGCCAAAUGCCAACGAAAGGACGACGACGACGCUGGAAGUGCUUACGGUCACGGAGCAGCCCGACGGGAGCUUGACGGUGGCAUUGCCUCGCUGUCCGUCGGUUCUCGCCCCGGGGGGGGGCGGCGAUUCGGCUGCCAAGGGGGGGUUCGUGGCGGCGGUAGCGGCAAGGGGGACGGUUCAAGAGGGUGUCAACCCCACCGAGGUUGACUUCGAACCGUCCCCCAAGCAGAACGCCUCUUACGCCUCUACGCUGGCGGCCAAAUGCGACCUGGAGGGUUAUGACUAUUGAUGAGUAUACACACGACAGACACAAUAGAAGUCAGCUGGACGAAAAUUAUAGAAGGAUGGUUCAGGACCGUGAAGGAAAGUACGGGCGACGUGUAAGUAGCAAAGGUUAGGUUCUCACUGAGCGACGACAAGGUUUAAGUGUUGCACAGGAUGUGGGGGUGUUGAUUCAGGAAGGAGCUCGUGGACAGAGCAAAAGAAGGCAAUCGAAGGACCGAUGCCGC